UAUAUAUUAGUAUUAUUUAUUUAUUUUCGGGAAUCUUGGGUGCUUUGCACGUCUGGUGAGUCUUGAGUAUGAAGGACAUUUCCAGGACAAAUAAUAAUGCACUCUGAAAUGGGAAGAGAAAUGCAAAUUCGAGUAGGAUGGAUUCAUAACGGGUUGACCUCUGUAGUGGAGUUUUAUUUAUUUAAAAGCCGAAAACAGUUUGUGACCUGGUUAGACAGUGCAGCAGAAAAACUAGUAGAACAGCUACAUCACGAGCUCCCCCUUCCCCUGUCAUAUCAGUCAAUUGUGCUCAUCGCGGCAACACGGCCAAGAAUCGUCCGUUGCAAAACACCGCAGCGCAGAGAGAACAGAAGAAAGCAAGCAAAGAAAAAUGAGCAGCAGGCUCCCCUGUGAUCCGCAUCCGAGGACGACGAAGAAGGCGUCGGCAUCCGCCGCGGCGGUGCAGCUCCUGCUGCGCCACCACGGCGCCGGCAAGGACGAGAGCAUCGAGUUCUUCUCCGCCCUCUCCGGCCAAACCGACGAGAAGGCCGCCGAUCGGCGGGGAAAGGCGAAGCUCAGGGCGGAGGUCGGGAAGCAUGACUAUGACUGGCUCCUGACUCCUCCGGCGACGCCUCUCUCGUGCUCCCCUGCGCUGAGCCGGCUGACGAGGGCCACAUCGGCGUCGAACGCCAAGAGCAAUUCGCCGCUGUCCCGGGCACGCCGGGAUAAGGGGAGCAGCUCGUCGCUCAACGCGACGGUGCUCGCGUCCUCGUGUCGCCCGCCGCACGUCAGGAGGACUCUGUCGUCGGCGUCUUCCUCGUCGUUCAAAGCCACGAGCAGCGCGUCCGGGAAGUCGACGCCGGCGACGAGCCCCCGCCCGCCAGCUGCUGCUGCCGCCUGUCGGCCCCCUCCCCAGGAUAAAACACACGGACGACGGCUGUCCUCCGGCUCCGGUGGUGCCAGCCAACCCAAGGGAUCGUCGUCGUCGCGGCCACGCGCUCCCACGACCGGCGCCUCCAGCCCCAAGUCAACUACCAGAGCAGCGUCAGAGCAACCGGCGCUGACCAGACGUGGCGCCAACGCCGUGGCACGUUCGAGGUUCGCGGGCCAGCUGAGUCAUGAUGCAGUGUCAACGGCUCAUGCCGUGCCGCCCAGUAUGGUCAAGACGCGACCCGUGCCGGCGACCGUGAAGCAGAGGAGCCACGGCAACGGCACGGCCACAUCCCUGGCGACCGCUGCCUCCCGGAGCGCGCCGAGAGGGGACUUGCUAGCCAGCAAAAGAUUAUCAAGCAGCGGUGUCGACGGCCGAAAGAUCCACGACGAGAAGGCCGCACACCGUCGAACCGUGGGGUUCGGCUCAUCCGCCGUGAGCACGCGCCGUUGUCUCGCGAAGAGCGACUCUCGGAAGCUCACGGUGAAGGAGGGCGCCCAGCAGCGGAGCGUCCGAUCCGCAGCGUCCGGAAGCCACCUAGGGUCCGCGGCCACGGUCUCGGACGCCAGGGGCCGCCGGCGGUCCACGGCUGGGAAAGCCAACAAGGUCGCGGUCGCGGCCGCCGCGCCCGACGCGUUCCCGAGCACGCGGUACGACGCCAUGCUGCUGCGGGAGGACCCCAAGAACCUCACGUGGCUGAACGGAUGCGGGGAGGACGACGAUGACGGUGAAGACGGGAGCUGCGGCGCAGGCUUGGUCGACGGCUCGCUGGAGCCGUUCCACGUGUGACGAGCGGCACAGGGGCGGGAUACUGAAAUUGGCGCUGACUUGUUGGUAAUCAUGUUCCCUCCGUUCCAUAUUAAUCGUGCUCAAACGGUGUAUCUAGCAUUGAAAUACAUGUAGAUACAUCCAUUUCAUAUACAAGUAAUAUGAAGCAGGAGUACCUUCAUUACUUUUUAGUCUCCAUAUAGCUUUUAUCCGAAUUCUAAGUAUCUCUAUUUUGACCAAACUUUUAGAAAAAAAUACCAAUAUUUGCAAUACCAAAUGAAUAUUUUUAGAUUCAUUAUGCAAUGGAGUUCCAUAUUAUGUAUAUUUGAUAUUGUAAAUAUUGAUUUUUUAAAUAUAAAUUUGGUCAAAGUUUGUAAAAUUUGACUCGGCACAAAUCUUAUAAUCGAGAGCCAGCAGACGCAAUUUUGCUUUGGGUUUGUGCCAGAGUUAAAUGGGCAUCUUUCAAGGCCAUGUAUAAUGAAAGGUGCUUGAUAAAAUAAAUUAAGUUCUUUAAACGACUAGCUUCUACAAAAAAAAGUCGAUGCUUAAGAAUAUUUCUCUAAGCAUCUUCUCUAAACAUCUUGUAUUGUAUUAGGUCUAACUAUGUUUGGCUUGAACGGCCGUGAUCUGCGUCACAUCGUCAUCACCCAACGGUAAGGGUCGGCGGCAAUAACUUGUUCACUAUUUGCUUUUCUAUGGUCAGACCUUUUUUUACAGCUGUUUAGAUCAAACUAGUCAUCUGUAUUUGCAUCACACUCCUAGUACUAGACCCUCAGUUUCAAAAUAAUUAAAAUUUUAGAUUGUCUUAAGUUAAAUUUGCUUAAGUUUGUUCAAAUUUAUAGAAAAAUGGGUUCUUUGUGUCAAGUUGGCGUGGCUUGUGUAGCUUUCCUUUCCCCUUUCGCAAGGCGACUAGAAAAACUCUUCCUCCCC